CCGUGUCGUUGGCAACGCGGAGGCUGGAGCGGGAAGGACCCGACUGCUGCUGAAAACACCGCUCGUCAAAUCCAAACUAUAGGUUCAGCCGGUGCCGGCGAGAAGUGGAGAAGCCCUCGCGACUCGUUACGACCUGAAGCAAACUUUUUCGGAUCGUUCGAAUGACUGUGGCGAGGAGAGCGAGCGUUUCGGGCCAGGUUACAGUUCGCUAGCUAACACCUGUGGAGUUCGAACAACAGACACCUCGACGAGUGGAUUCAACCUCUCGCCAUCGAUGGCCUCCAAAGGUUGGCAGCAUCCUUAUGUCAACAUAUUCAAACAUGUCCGAGUCGAGGACUGGAGAAGGUCUGCAAAGGAGGGGGACGUGUCCACAUACACGGACAAGACGCUGAAAUGUUCAGUGUUCAGAAUCAGGGGUCCUGUUCCUGCCAACAGCCACAUCCUGGUGCCCAAGACCAUCAACCAGUCCCUGGGGCUGUCAGGGCGCUACUUCUACCUUCUGUUCAGGCCCACUCCUGGCAAAUACUUUGUGGUGCACCUGGACGUUGCAGCAGAGGAGGGCCAGGUUGUGCGCAUCUCCUUUUCAAAUAUGUUCAAAGAGUUCAAGUCCACAGCCACCUGGCUUCAGUUUCCUUUCCUCUGCGGAGCUGCGAAGGAUUCAAUCUAUGAAAGCACGUCCAAGUCUGCAAGACAUGGUUUCGUGGGUGCAGCCCCCACAUCAGUGCGUUGGACCUGUCUGAUGCUGGAUCUACAAUACACACUCUCUGUCUACCUCAGCCGCUGCUUCAGUCACAUGAAGAGCAUCAAGCUUUGUGCCAACAUGGCAGUGAAAAACAUGUUUACCAGUGACCUGCUGCUCGAUCCAGGAGUUUCCUUCAGUGAAGCCAAGCUGAUGGGGCUGGCCUCUUCCCAUGGAACAGGUGCCAUGCCUAGAGACAUGUCAUUCCCCGUGCCCAGGGGAGUCUCCUGGCAUGACCUCUAUGAUUAUAUCAGGUUUCCCUCGGAAGGAACAAAGUUACCCUUUGACUCCAUUCAAAAAGGCAGUCCAAGUGGUUGUGUCACCAGCCAAAGAAGCCCCAUGAGAGAAGUGUCUCGCUGUGUAAACCUCAGCAAACCAGUACGGGACCGCGUGUCCCUCAUCCAGCAGAUCACUUCCCCAAAAUCACUGCCGAGGGAUCAAACCCCUGUGGUGACAAACAUACCUAAGCUGGAUGUAGUCUCCUCUUUUGAAACGGUCGGAUGGCUUUGCCAAGAUGAUGACCAUCAGCAGCAGCAGGAGGAGUUGCCAUGCUUCAGUCCAUACCGGCUCACAUCCAGGACUCCCUGUGAUACUGAUGACGGCGGGGUACAUGUGUUUGUGCAUCCCGAGGACGCUUUCAGCAAGCAUGGGGAGGAAAGUGAAGAAGAGUUUGCUUGCAGUUCUUUUCCACAUCCUCUCCAUUUGUCAUCAUCUAAGGAAACCAAACAGCAGAAGCUGCUUCCAGACCCAAUUCUCAGGCUAAAUCGAAUCAUCGGCUUUGGAGGAGCCACUACUAAAUAUGCUCUGUGGACCAAAUCAGGUGAUGCAGUGGUGUAUCCUUGUCACGCAAUUAUCGUCUCUAUGAAGAUUUCCUCCAAACAACAGCGAUUCUUCAUUGGCCACACUGACAAGGUGUCUGCAUUAGCUUUUGAUGGCAACACAACACUGCUUGCCUCAGCACAAACUGGCAGUCAUGGUGUUGUACGUGUGUGGAACUACAAAAGAGGAAACUGUCUGGCCAUAUUCAGGAUUCAUGCUCAUUCGUUAUCCUCUCUUAGCUUCUCAUACAGUGGCAGUAUUCUUUGUGGAGUUGGUAAAGACAGCCACAACAAAACGAUGGUGGUGGUGUGGAACACUCUGAACGUUACCAAAUGUGGAGAGGUGACCAUCUUAGCCAAAGCCCACACAGAUGUGGACAUUCACACCAUGAAGGUUGCCUCAUUUGAUGACACAAGGAUGGUGUCAUGUGGUCGAGACAAUAUUCGUCUGUGGCGAAUACGUAAUGGGACGCUGCGCUCCUGUCCAGUAAACCUGGGUGAAUACCAUUCACUGGACUUCACUGAUGUGGCCUUUGAGGAGGGAAACGCACCGACCCAGCAUCUUGAAGAUCAAAUGCUAUUUGCCAGCAGUCGGAGUGGCCAUAUCUUUGAGGUUGACUACAGCAGAGUUUUGAUCAGAAAUGUGAGGAGACUGUUGCCUGCACAGCAGCAGCAUGCGGAACGCAGGGAGAAAUGGACUUUUAACACAGGACCAGGCAUUGCCAUCAACAGCAUCAGUGUGUGCUCAUCAUUCUGUGCCACGGGCUCUGAAGAUGGCUUCCUGCGUCUCUGGCCCCUUGACUUUUCUGCCAUCUUCCUGGAGGCAGAGCAUGAGGGACCUGUGAGCCUGGUGUCAGUCUCAUCAGACAAUCUUCAGGUCCUGGCAGCCACCUCCACUGGUAACCUGGGUUUCCUAGACGUGAGUAGCCGUGGUUACAACACCCUGAUGAGGUCGCAUAUAGACACUGUGCUUGGCUUCAGCGUGGACGGCAUCCGUCGGCAUCUCACAACAGCCUCCUCCGACGGCACAGUGCGCAUUUGGAAUAUGGAUUCCAUGCAUCAGCUGUAUGACUUUGUGUCUGAGGACAGCCCCUGUUCAGUGGCCUUCCAUCCCAGUGAGCAGGUUUUCUCCUGUGGCUCCAGCUCUGGCAUCAUCAGGGUCUUUGACAUCUCAAGUGCCAAGCUGUUGGCUGAACACAAGCAGCACAGAGGUGAAGUGGUGGGCCUUGCCUUCUCUCCGGAUGGGGAGUUCAUGUAUAGUGCUGACUCCCAGGGCUCUCUUGCACUUUACAACUCCUCUGAGGAAGAUCACAAUAUGAUCAGAGUCGUAUGUAAUGUGGUGGCCCGAGGCCCUGAGCGUGCUCCAGACGCUCUUACAGUGAGCAGUGACAGCCGCUGUCUGGCUUUUGUCGGCCCCUCCGAGUACAUUGUCACUAUCGCCGACGCACGGUCUCUGGAUGAGUUGCUCCAUGUAGAUGUGAGUAUUUUGGACAUAGAAAGCCCGCGUCUGGAUUCUGCACUGAAGGUCUGCUUCUCCCCGUCCUCCACCGAACACUUGCUGGUUGCAACAUCUGCUAACAAAGUCCUCUGGGUUAGCACUAAGACAGGUCGUCUGCUCCGAGAGGUGUCUAAGGUUCACAAACACCAGUGCUCAUCCCUCGCUGUGAGCGAGGACAAUCGAUUCCUGCUGACAGCAGGACACAAUGCUGUGAAAGUAUGGGAUUAUAACAUGCAGCUCGAUAUUAACUCCCAGAUGUUCAUAGGCCACAGUCAGCCCAUCUGCCAGGUGAGCUUCACCCCUGACCAAAUGGGUGUCGUCUCAGUGGGAGAUGCCAUAUUCCUUUGGGACUUCCUGGCACAUUCUAUUAACUCUUUGACUGACAGCCGUUCACCUCACAGUUUAAGCUCCAACUCUACACCUAAAUCAGUUGAACCGGAUGCUGGAGUGAGAGGAGUUCAGUUGUCCAAUGGGAUGCCUCGACAGAAAGCACCCCUACCUUCCUCACCACCUCCACAACUGGACGCCAGCACGACCUACCAAAUUAACCAGGGUGCUUUGUUUUGUGAUGAAAGCCCGGCCAUCACAACUGUUCCAGGCCAAGCCACUGGUUCAGAUCCUUCAUCUGACCCCAGACCUGCCGCCUCCUUCCUCAAAGUUACAGAGCUGGUCAACACAUCUCCCCUGAAUAGCAGCCAUAUUGACAAUAUUGAGUCGAAAGGGAAGACGGCAGUACGUCCAGAUUGUUACAGCCACUUUAUCCCACGCUUCAAAACCUCCACUAUUGAUCAGGCUGCUGUUGCUCCCCAACCAGGAGAAGAGGGUAUAAAGCUGAAAGCAGUGAUUGGCUACAAUGGCAAUGGGCGUGGCAACAUGGUGUGGAGCCCUGACCAAGGUUUAUUUGCGUACACGUGUGGCUGUGUGUUGGUGGUGGAGCAUCUUCAAACAGGAUGUCAGAGACACUUGCAAGGCCACAGCGAGGAGAUCUCUUGUCUUGCAAUCACAAAUGAUGCGCAGACAAUAGCAUCAGCAGCUGGCGGUAGUAAGGGUAGUAGGAGCCUCAUCUGCAUCUGGGACAUCCACAGUGGAACAUGUCGCAAUACCAUCUCCUACCACAGAGGGAUGGUGCAGAGUCUUGCUUUUUCCAGGGAUGAUCGCUUUUUUCUCUCCGUCGGCGACUUCUCUGACCCAGAGGUGGCCCUGUGGAGCAGCAAGACCUUCCAGAUGCUGUCCAGUGUAAAUGUGUCGGGGCCGAUCCAUGAUGCAGCCUUUAGCCCCUCAGCAGCCAGCCAGAUUGCCUGCGUGGGCAGCCAAGGGAUUUACUUCUGCCUCAUCCACAAUCGUGGCCUGGAAGAAGACCUCAAGGUCCAGAGGGUGAAAGCACCAGCAGACGUCGGUGAUGUGGAGCUGACGGCUGUGUGCUACCACUCUGACUCCUUUUUGUUCACCGCCACUAAUCGAGGACAUGUUUGCGUCUGGGACGUUAACACACAGUGUUGCUUUAUGACCUGGGAAGCUGAUGAGGGAGAGAUCGGCGUGCUGUUGUGUCGAGGGAACCGUCUGUUGACAGGCAGCAACACCCGCUGGUUGCGACUGUGGGGGGUCGAAGCUCUACAGGGCAUGCAGCCUCGGGAAAGAGUCUACAAUGUGGAAGACAGUGGUACCACUGUGGUGUUGGAGCAGGAGGUUAUGCUGGAUGGGACGACAGUCAGCGCAGCAUUUGAUAACACAAUGGACAUGGGCAUCGUUGGAACCACGGCCGGAACCCUCUGGUACAUCAACUGGUCAGACAACAGCAGCAUCCGGCUGGUCAGCGGGCACAAGACCAAGGUGAAUGAUGUGGUGUUUAGCUCCGACGAAAACCACUUCGCCACCUGCAGUGAGGACGGCAGUGUGAGGGUGUGGUCAGCCCCAAGCAAUGAACUGGUGGUGCAGUUCCAGGUGCUCAACCAGGCCUGUGGCUGUGUGUGUUGGAGCCCCUCUUCUAGUAAGGACAGUGCGUGUGUGGCUGCAGGAUACGGUGACGGGACCUUGAGGAUCUUCCGGCUUGCCUCCUCAGAGAUGGAGAUGAAGCUGCAUCCCCAUCACGUGGCUGUCACUGCAAUCCAGUACUCAGCUAGUGGUCAUGUGAUCCUUUCAGGCGGGAAGAAUGGUCUGGUAGCUGUCAGCAGCCCCGUGAAUGGAGCGACUAUCCGUGUCAUCAGGGACCACAAAGGAGCGCAGAUUACCACCAUCCAGUGUGUGAAUGAAAAGUGUAAGAAUUUCGGACUGGACGGAGCCGAGAUGUGGUUGGCUGCCAGUGCCGACAGACGUGUCAGUGUGUGGGCUGUCAAUUGGUUGAACGACAAGUGUGAUCUGCUAGACUGGCUUACAUUUCCUGCUCCCGCAUAUAAUGGGGAUGACAGCCCACCGCCCUGCCUGGCCGCCUUCUGCCCAGCAGACACCGGCCUGGUGGUCUACACUGGCUACGGAGUAGAGAAAGAGUUGUCCUUCUACAGUCUGUCUAAAAAACAGAUAGUAAAAAAGAUUGCCCUGCCCCACUGGGCCACAUGCUUUGAUCUCUGCGCUAAGAGUCAACUCAUUGCCGUGGGAUCUAAAGAACGAGGAUUGAAGUUAAUCAAGUCGAGCAGCGGCAGGUUUCAGGACUUUCUGCAGCACAGUGACUCCCUACAAACAUGUCACUUCUCUCCCAGUGGGGCGCUUGUUUUCACUGUGGCUUAUAAUGAGAUCCUGCUGUGGGAGGUGAGGGGCCUCUGACCACAGAUCUGUUUAUGAAUCUCAAACCUGGUAGCUUUGUCUUGUUGUUGUUACAUAAUGUAAUUUUAUUAUUCCACAAAUAUAUAUUUUUUAUCAAUCAAUUGUUUUUAAGGAAAUAGUUUGUGGAUGAGCUUUGAGAACGAUUCCCCACAGUGGUGCUUAUUAAGUAAAUUAACUGUAUCUUGUGGAUCUUUUUUAAAAUACAGCCAUGUUUUAAUUAAGGGAAUGUUUUGCGUGUCCAUUCUCUUCUUAUUUUUUUAUUCAGUUAUUUUAGUUUUUCUUGCCGCAAG